AUGGCCUCGCCUGUGAAUGUAGAACAACCUAGCCGAAUCGAUGGCAAGUCUCAAGGAAAUAAGUCAGAAAAGAAGAAAUCAAAGACCUCAAAAGACGUGGGUGAAAACUCUUAUCCUUUAGAGUUAAAUCCCCCUCCAGAAUACAUUUCAUUUCGUAUCAAAUUAUUUGAGCAAUGGAAAGCUGAGUAUGAUGAAGAGAUAAAAAAUAAACCACGUGUACCUAUUACUGUUACUUUACCCGAUGGCCAAACUAAGCCAGCUGUUUCUUGGGAGUCUAGUCCUUUAGACAUUGCAAAAGAGAUAUCAAAAUCUCUUGCCGAUCGCAUCGUUAUAGCUAAGGUCAACGGGACUCUAUGGGACCUUGGUAGACCUCUCGAGGAAGAUUGUAAACUCGAACUAUUAGAUUUUGAUAAUGAUGAAGGCAAAAAGGUGUUUUGGCAUUCUAGUGCACACGUUCUUGGUGAGGCUUGUGAACGUCAUUAUGGUGGUCAUCUUUGUAUUGGACCACCAUUAGAUGAUGGAGGCUUUUACUAUGAGAUGGGAAUCAAGGAACGCGUUGUGAAUCAGGCUGAUUAUCCUGCACUCGAAACCAUCGCCAAAAGUGCGAUAAAAGAGAAACAGCCAUUUGAACGAUUAUUAAUCUCCAAAGAAAAUCUAUUAGAGAUGUUCAAGUAUAAUCCGUAUAAAGUUCAUAUAAUAAAAGAUAAAAUACCGGAUGGCACAUCCACCACUGUUUAUCGUUGUGGUCCCUUAAUUGAUCUAUGUAUAGGCCCUCAUGUGCCGCACACUGGUAGAAUUAAAGCAUUUACGGUCACAAAGAAUGAUUCUUUGCAGCGCAUUUAUGGAAUUUCAUUCCCGGAUUCUAAACAAAUGACCGAAUAUAAAAAGUUUAUCGAAGAAGCAGCAAAACGUGACCAUAGAAAAAUUGGUCAGGAACAAGAUUUAUUUUUCUUCAAUCCUGAAUAUAGUCCGGGAAGCUGCUUUUUCCUUCCUAAUGGUACACGAAUUUAUAACACCUUGAUUGACUUCAUUAAAGAAGAAUACCGAAAACGUGGUUUUACAGAAGUAAUCUCUCCAAAUAUAUAUAAUACUAAAUUAUGGGAAGAAUCAGGUCAUUGGCAAAAUUAUUCGGAAAAUAUGUUUUCUUUUGAAGUAGAAAAAGAGAAAUUUGCAUUGAAACCUAUGAACUGCCCUGGUCACUGUCUAAUGUUUAAACAUCGAGAGCGCUCCUAUCGUGAACUGCCAAUGCGUCUAGCAGACUUUGGAGUUUUACAUCGUAAUGAAUUGAGUGGAGCUUUAACAGGUUUGACUCGUGUCAGGCGUUUCCAACAGGAUGAUGCACACAUAUUUUGUCGACCAGAUCAGGUUCAAGAAGAAAUUGCUGCUUCACUUGAUUUCCUUAAACAUGUAUAUGGAAUAUUUGGUUUCACUUUUCAAUUGAAACUUUCCACUCGCCCUGAAAAAUAUUUGGGUUCUAUUGAAGUUUGGGAUCGGGCAGAAAAGAAAUUAGAAGAAGCUCUUAAAGAGUUCGGUUCACCAUGGGAAUUUAAUCCUGGUGAUGGCGCAUUCUACGGUCCAAAGAUUGAUAUCACAAUAUCAGAUGCGCUCAGAAGAAAGCACCAAUGUGCUACACUUCAAUUGGACUUUCAAUUACCAGAACGAUUUAAACUUGAAUAUCACUCCAACACAAUUGAUGAUGCCCAGAGUGCUUAUAGUCGCCCUGUGAUGAUUCAUCGUGCUAUUUUGGGUUCUGUUGAACGAAUGAUUGCUAUUUUGACAGAAAAUUUUGGUGGAAAAUGGCCAUUUUGGUUAUCACCACGUCAGAUUAUUGUUAUUCCUGUUGCCAACACGUUCGGCAACUAUGUGAAAAAAGUAACUGAUGCAUGCUUUGAGGCAGGAUUUUAUGUCGAUGCAGAUUUAGGAGAAAAUACUCUUAAUAAAAAAGUCCGUAAUGCUGAAAUUGCUCAAUAUAAUUUUAUUUUCAUCGUGGGUGCAGAAGAGGAGAACACGAAUUCUGUAAAUAUUCGAAAUCGUGAUGAAAGUGUUAAGGGUAAGACUCAAACUAUUCCAUUAGAGGAAGCUAUCGCCAAAUUGACUGCCCUAAUGAAAGAAAGGCGGUUAGAAAACAAAAUCUAG